CCCCGAUAGAGGUGUGUGUGAGUGUGUGUAUGUGUAUGUGUGGUGAGGGAUUUAAGGGUCUCCUUCAAUAUCCUCCUCCACACCACCCCCCACAACACCCCACCAAAAAGAAAACACGCAGACUGCACCUCAGAACGGAGGAAUCCGUCCUGUCAAAGGCAGGAAGCCACGGCCGCACAGAUAAGACAAAAGGACACAUCCGAAGUCCCCCUGUCUGAUGAAACAAGUCUGAGUAACUUUUUUUUCCCCUUUUUAAAAUGAUUUUGAAACAGGGGGGAAAAGCAUUUUCAGUCUGGCUAGGAUGCUGGAACGUCAGAGCCUGAGGAGGAUACGAAGAGGGUCUUUCCUUUAAGCGGUGAGUCUGGCUGGCUGCACUGUGGACCCCAUCCCAGCACCGAGCGCACAGGCAGCGGCUACAGAGAUCGCCGGUGGGGAGAGGAAAGAGGAACGUCACCCCCCCACCCCUGUCAUUUCUGCUCCACCACCACGGUGGGACGCCUGGGGACGAUGUGGUGGCCCCUGCUGGUCCUGUGCGGCUGCCUGCAGCUGGCCGGGGGCCUGCAGGGCCUGCAGCGUUCGGACCUGGCCGAGGGCGUGGAGGGGAAGGUCGCCCGCCUCGGCCGGGCCUUCAAGCGGCAGGUCCGGUUGCUGCGUGAGCGCAGCGCCCUCCUCGACUUGGUCUUCCUGGUGGACGAGUCGUCCAGCGUGGGCAACUCCAACUUCCUCAGCGAGCUGCGCUUCGUCCGCAAGCUGCUCUCCGACUUCCCCGUGGCUCCGGGGGCCACCCGCGUGGCGCUGGUCACCUUCUCGUCCCGGUCCCACGUGGUGAGGCGCGUCGACCACAUCUCCACGCCGCGGGCACGCAACCACAAGUGCUCGCUCUUCAACCAGGAGAUGCCGGCCAUCACCUACCGUGGCGGGGGCACCUACACCAAGGGCGCCUUCCAGCAGGCAGCGCAAAUACUGCGCCAUUCACGGCAGAAUGCAUCGCGGGUGAUCUUCCUCAUCACGGAUGGCUACUCCAACGGUGGUGACCCUCGGCCCGUGGCGGCCUCACUCCGCAAUCAGGGCGUGGAGAUCUUCACCUUCGGCAUCUGGCAGGGGAACAUCCGCGAGCUAAAUGAUAUGGCCUCGCACCCCAAGGAGGACCACUGCUACCUAGUGCAUACCUUCGCUGAGUUCGAGGCCCUUGCCCGGCACGCCCUCCAUGAAGACCUCCCCACGGGGAGCUACAUCCAGGAAGAGCGCGGCCGCUGCUCUUCGUUGUGCAAGUCCAGCGGGGACUGCUGUGAUGCCAUGGCCAGCUGCCUGUGUGGCACUCACACGGGCCAGUACGACUGUGUCUGCAACAAGGGCUACUACGGCAAGGGCCUGCAGCAUGAGUGCUUUGCCUGUCCACCUGGCACAUACAAACCGGAGAGGGUCCCUGGGGGGCCCAACACCUGCCUGUCCUGUCCGGACCAGCACCACACCUCCCAGCCCGGAAGCACCUCCUUGUCCGACUGCGUAUGCGAGACAGGUUACAGCGCGGUGAACGGCAGCUGUGAGGUGGUCCACUGUCCGCCGCUCCUCCCCCCGGUGAAUGGCCACUUCAUCCAGAAUGUCUGCAAUCACCACUUCGACGCUGCCUGCGGGGUGCGCUGUAGAGCCGGCUUCAGCCUGCUGGGCAGCAGCAUCCGCCUGUGCCAGGCCGAUGGCCAGUGGUCCGGCUCGGAGCCCAGCUGCACGGCACGCAAGUGUCCAGCCCUCCAGCCACCUCUGAAUGGACACCUCAACUGCUCGCAGGGCAGUGCCCCCUACAGGUCGACGUGCACGGUGCGCUGCGCCGAUGGCUACCGGCUGGAGGGCGCCGCCAGGCUGAUAUGUCAGGCCAACUCCCGGUGGAGUGGGCCCCCCCCUCGGUGUGUGGAGAUUCUCUGUCCUCCAUUGGUGAUGCCUAAAAAUGCCCUGCUGUCGCCCCCUACCUGCAUGGAGAGGGACGCAAAGCCCGGCACUGUGUGCCGGCUGGCCUGUCGUCAAGGUUACGGCAUCAGGGGGGACCCUGUGAUGAGAUGCCUUCAGUCUGGUGACUGGACCUCCAGCAUCGACAAAGUGACCUGUGCAGACCUGGAGCCUCCCCAGAUCACAUGCCCCCUGGAUGUUGUGGUGGAGACGAUAGAACGACGAGCUUUAGCCAACGUCAGCUGGGUCAGUCCGAGAGUCCAGGACAACUCCGGGGAAGAGGUCACGGUUCAGGUCAUGCCCAUCUUAACUCAGCCUCAGAUGUUCCCCAUCGGAGAGGAGCGUGUCACCUACACGGCCACGGACCACUCUGGAAACCAGGCCAACUGCUCCUUCGCCGUCACAGUCAUGGAUACGGAACCACCAAUGAUUGACAGGUGCAGAUCCCCGCCCCCUUUCCACACCACGGAGAAGCAGCUCGUUGUCGUGUGGGAGGUCCCUCAGUUUUCCGACAACUCAGGUGCCACCCUCAGCAUCUCCAGUACGCACAGCCCCGGCUCAGUCUUCCCCACUGGGGAGACGGUGGUGCACUAUACGGCUACGGACCCCUCCGGAAACAACCGCACAUGUGACCUACACAUCAUCGUCCAGGGGUCCACAUGCGAGCAGCCGUUCCAGCCCAUUAAUGGAGAGUUCUCCUGUACGGAGGAAGAUGAUGGAGUCAACUGCACGCUCCACUGCAAGGUUGGCUACAGCUUCAGUCAUCAGCGGGUGAACAGCUACUUCUGUGCCCACAAUGGGCUCUGGGACCCAGCCUACACGCCCAACCAGCCCGACUGCUCACUGAACCGGAUCGCCAACAAUGGUUUCAAACCCUUCGACAUGCUCUUCAAAGCUUCCCGUUGCGAUGACCCAAACCUGCUGAAGGCCUUUAGCAAGGAGUUCAGCGGCACACUAGGGGACAUGGUGCCUACCUUCUGCAACUCAGAUGAUAUCUCCUGCAAGCUUGAAAUGAUGUCACAGGGCCAGUGUCUGGAAUACAACUAUGAUUACGAGAACGGAUUUGCCAUUGGGCCAGGCGGAUGGGCUGGUAACUGGAGGCCCCAGGAUGGGCAGGAUUAUUCGUACCUUGACAUGGGCUUCGUCACUGAUCGCAAACCCAGCACUUACCAGCAGGAUAACACUGCCAGCUCUCAGAGGAGCUCCCCCUACAGGGCUAAGCGGCACCGCAAGCUCGUUGGACCCACCAAGGACCAGAAAAUCCAGAUCUUCUUCAACAUCACAGCGACCAUCCCGCUGCCUGCCUGGAGAAACAACUCACUGGAGGCAGUCAAUCAGAAGCGGCUUCUGCGUACCCUGGAGCACCUGACCAAUCGGCUGAAGAGGACGCUCAGCAAACAACCACUGUCUACCUUCCGUGUGGACUCUGAGAUGAUCGUGGCCGACCCCAAGUCUCUGGAGAGCCAGAAAGCCUCACUGUUUUGCCGCCCUGGCUCUGUGCUUAAAGACAGGAUGUGUGUCCUGUGCCCAGUUGGCACCUACUACUCCCUGGAGUUUGGUGUGUGUGAGAGCUGCUGGCGGGGCUCCUACCAGGACCUGGAGGGCCAGACGGAGUGCAUGCCCUGCCCCGACGGCUCCUCUACCCCCUAUCUGCACUCCCGCAGCCUGUCCGAGUGCAAAGAGCAGUGCAAGCCAGGGAGUUUCUCUGCCAGCGGGCUGGAGACCUGCGAGUCCUGCCCACUGGGCCAGUACCAGCCUGGGUUCGGGUCCCGGCUCUGCCUCCCCUGUCCGGAAGAAACCUCCACAGUGAACCGGGGAGCCGUACAUGUGGCUGAGUGUGGAGUGCCCUGCUCUGCCGGACACUUCUCCCGCACAGGCCUGUCACCCUGCUACCCCUGCCCCCGAGACUACUACCAGCCAGAGGAGGGGCGCUCCUUCUGCCUGUCCUGCCCCUUCUAUGGGACCACCAGUGUGACCGGGGCGGCGUUCAUUCAUGACUGCUCCAGCUUUGGAUCCAGCUUCCUGUCCAAGGAGCUGAGCGUGACCUCUGCCCCGGAAGCAGUCCAUAAGAAUUACCAGGCCAGCAGCCAGCUAUUCCAUGAGUGCUUCCUUAAUCCCUGUCAGAAUGAGGGCACGUGCGAGGAGGUGGGAAUUGGAUAUGUGUGCUCCUGCCUUCCAGGAUUCACAGGGUCCAAAUGUGAGAAGGACAUUGAUGAGUGCGACUCGGCCCCCUGCCAAAAUGGCGGGCACUGCAUUGAUGGCACAGGGGACUUUCAGUGCCAGUGCCAGACUGGCUAUGUAGGCACCUUCUGUGAAGUGGAGGUCAAUGAGUGCAGCUCCUCUCCCUGCCUGAAUGAUGGCCACUGUGUGGAUGAGAUCAACCAGUAUGUCUGCAGCUGCCCGCUUGGGUUCACAGGGAUCCACUGUGAGCUGGAGAUAGACGAAUGCCUGUCGAACCCAUGCCUGAACGGGGGUAUCUGUGAGGACCUGGCAGGGGCCUACGCCUGCACCUGUGCCCAGGGGUUCGCCGGUGACAGCUGUGAGGUCAACGUCAACGAGUGCAACAGCGCCCCCUGCCUGAAUGGAGGCACCUGCUCAGACAGGGUCAACGACUUCAUGUGCGAAUGCCCAGUCGGCUACACCGGCAAGCUGUGCCAGGUGGACGUGGAUGAGUGUGCCCCGGGGCCCUGCCUGAACGGGGCCACCUGCCAGGACAGCCCGGGCUCCUUCCGCUGCAUCUGCCGCCCAGGGUUCAACGGAAGCAGGUGUGAGACAGAAAUGUCCUCCUCCUUUAACCUGGACUUUGAGGUGUCUGGUAUCCAUGGUUACGUCCUGCUGGACGGCGUCCUGCCCCCCCUGACGGCCAUUACCUGCACCUUCUGGAUGAAGUCGUCGGACAGCACCAACUACGGGGCCCCCAUCUCCUACGCCGUGGAAGACGGGAGCGACAACGCCUUCCUACUGAUCGACUAUAACGGCUGGGUUCUGUACAUCAACGGCAAGGAGCGCAUCACGGACUGCCCAGCUGUCAACGACGGACAAUGGCAUCACAUUGGCGUGUCCUGGCGCAGUGUGGAUGGUGACUGGAAGGUCUACAUCGACGGGAAGCUGUCAGAUGGGGGGAAAGACCUGUCGGUCGGCGCCACUAUCCCAGGUGGGGGGGCGCUGGUGCUGGGCCAGGACCAAGACCAGAGGGGCAAUGGUUUCAGCCCAGUGGAGUCAUUUGUGGGCUCCCUCAGCCAGCUCAACCUGUGGGACCAUGUCCUCACAGCCCAGCAAAUGAAUGCUCUGGCCACCAGCUGCCCUGAGGACCUGCAAAGAGGCAACGUCUUGGCAUGGCCAGAUUUUCUUAAAGGGGUCAUCGGCAGGGUCAAGUCUACAGCCAAGAGCACCUUUUGUGCAGAUUGCCCCCUGCUGGAAAAUGUCAUCCCUCACCUUCGUGCCUCAAGACCAAUAGCAAGCCCAGGCUCCCAGCUGCAGGUCUAUUGCGAUCCCGGCUUCUACCUGGUGGGGGAGUCGGAGCUGCGGUGCCACAACAAGGGGUUGUGGAGUCACCCUCUGCCACACUGUGAAAGGGUGGACUGUAGACCUCCACCAGACCUGGAACAUGGCCUGUACACCGGGGACGAUUUUCAUGCCGGCAGCACUGUAACCUACCGCUGCAGUUCCGGUUUCUACCUGCUGGGGGACCCCAGAAUGCUGUGCGCUAACAAUGGGACCUGGACUGGCAACCUACCAGCAUGCCUGGAUGUAAACGAGUGUGCACUAGGAUCCGACUGUGACAAGCAUGCUAGCUGCCACAACACGGACGGCUCGUACACCUGCACCUGCGUGCCCCCCUACAGUGGUGAUGGCAAGAACUGUACAGAGCCAGUCAAAUGUAGGGACCCCGGCUACCCAGAGUUUGGUCAUCGGGACGGGAGCAACUUCAUUGUGGGCAGUGAGGUGGUGUUUACCUGCGAGGAGGGCUACGAGCUGAUUGGUUCAUCCCACAUGCAAUGCACAGAGACUGGAGAGUGGGAUGGCAUCUUUCCAUACUGCAAAGCUCUGUCCUGUGGAAAGCCCCCUGUUCCAGAUAAUUCUAUCAUCAAGGGGAACAACUUCACUUUCGGAAGCAAGGUGACUUUCAGCUGCAAGAAAGGGUUUUUCUCACGGGGCCCAGCAGAGAUUGAAUGCCGGGCCAACUUGAAAUGGAGUAGAUCGCCCCCUGCCUGUGAACCCAUGACCUGUAAUGAGCCCCCACAUGUCAAACAUGGAAAUGUCACAGGCACUAAGAGAACAUAUCAGUCCACUGUCACAUACACCUGUGCGGAGGGGUACAGACUGCAGGGUCCUGCAGACGUGUCCUGUGAAGCUUCCGGAGAGUGGAGCACGCCGGUGCCGAAGUGCGCCGAGGUGAACUGUGGGGAGCCACCCACGCUGCUGGACGCCACAGCCAUGGGUAGCAAUUUCACCCUGGGGAGUCAGGUGCAUUACACCUGUAAGGAAGGAUACACACUGCUGGGACCGCAGACCCGCGAGUGCCUACCUACCGGCCGGUGGAGCCAAAGCUCUGCCCAGUGCGUGCCCCACUCCUGUGGGCCCCCUCCCCCUGUGGACCACGCCCUAUACCAGCAGUCCGGCCAUCAGCUCUUCGGAGACACAGCUAUAUACUUCUGCAAAGAUGGCUACACUGCUGGCAACAACUCCAAGGUCCUCUGCAAUGCCCAGGGUCAGUGGGUGCCACCAGAGGGGCACGAGAUGCCCAGUUGCAUCGCCAACUUCUGUCAGCGCCCGCCGGACCUGCCCCACGCUAUCCUGGACUCGGUCUCCACCAGCAGGCCGAACAAGUAUGUCAGCAACACAGAGGUCAGCUACAAGUGUGAGGAGGGCUUCACGCUCAACACCACAGCCACGCUGAGGUGCAUGCUGGGAGGGGAAUGGGUACCCUCCCCCUCUGACAUCAGCUGUGUGCCCGUGCGCUGCUCGAAACCUGAGUCCAUCCCCCGAGGGUACGUAAGCGGCACCAACUACAGCUUUGGGGCCAUGGUGGCGUACAGCUGUGACAAGGGCUUCAUGAUCGAUGGGGAGAAAAGGAGAACCUGUCAAGCAAAUGGCGAGUGGGGUGGGGCUCUGCCUUCUUGCCAGCCCGUGUCCUGCAUUAACCCCCCUCAAGUGACAAACGGCUCCAUCAAGACUAAAAGCCGCUUCGUGUUCAACAGCAGAGUGACAUACGUCUGUGACCCCGGGUACGAGUUGAGGGGCAAUCCGGACAUCACGUGCCAGGCCAACAAGCAGUGGACUAAGGAGCCAUCCUGUGUCCUUCUCACCUGCAAGGACCCUCCCGAUGUCCCCCAUGGGAGGUACGAGGCUGGGAUCUUGAAGGUGGGGAGCAAGGUGAAGUACGACUGCGACGACGGCUACGAGCUGGUUGGAGAUGCGAUCUGGACCUGUCUGAAGGAUGGCAAGUGGGAUAAGAGCCAGACUCCCCAAUGCAAGCCAGUCCAGUGUCCAGAGCCUCCCCUGGAGGAGAACCACCUGGUGCUGAAGAGCCUCGACUCCGAUUCACGUACCAUCCAGCUCUCCUGCGAGGACGGCUACGUCCUGUAUGGGGCCCAGGUCCUUCGCUGCACUCAGACGCAGGAGUGGAAUGACACCUUCCCCACUUGCACGCAGGUUUUCUGUGGGUCGCCCCCAAAGGUGUCUUACGGGGACCCCUUAUCCACAGCCACAAGCUACGGGAACGUGGUGACUUACUCCUGUGUGAACGGCUUCAGUCUGAGGAAAGAGAGCUCAGUGCGGUGCCAGGCGGAUGGUCGGUGGAGUGAGCCUCUGCCGGAAUGCAGCCCAGUAGAGUGCCCGCAGCCGCCAGAAAUCCUCAAUGGCAUCGUGGAUGUUCAAGGCCUCAUGUACCUGAGCCCAGCUAUCUACAGCUGUAAACCUGGGUACAACCUUGAGGGGAAUUACACAGUGCUGUGUGGCCCGGAUGGCCUCUGGAUGGGGGCCACACCUCUCUGUAGGCCCAUAGAGUGCGGCCCGCCUAAGGAAAUCGCCAAUGGCAUGGUCUCGUACUCCCAGCUCCAAUUCGGCCACGCCAUCACCUAUACAUGCAACAGGGGCUUCCAGCUGGAGGGGCCUGAGACAUUGAGCUGCCUAGAGACAGGUGAGUGGGACAAGGAGAUCCCUGUGUGCGUGCAGGUCUACUGCACACCUCCCGAGCCAAUACCCAACGGCUUCCUGGAAGGUCGCGAGCACAAGUUCGGCGUCACCAUCUUCUACAGCUGCUUCCCCGGAUUCCAGCUCGAGGGCCAGAACUACCUGACUUGUGAGGAGUCUGGCUGGUCCAGCCCGACCCCCUCGUGUGUGCUGAUGGACUGUGGCCUGCCCCCGCAUAUCGACUUCGGGGAGUAUGUCAAGGUUGCGGAUUCCGCCGCCAACCACGGGGGAGCCGAUUACGGCUUAGCUGGGUCCAUAUCUCAGACCGACACCAGCUUUCUGCACGGCGCAAUUGUGGAGUACCGCUGCCAGCCAGGGUACGAGCUGGUUGGGGUGUCUGAGCUCAUGUGUAAGGAGGACGGGGCGUGGAAUGGAACAGCCCCCGUCUGCCUCCCAGCUGAGUGUGAGCCCCCGGAGAACCCCGAACAUGGUUCUAUCACCAUCACAGAUGUGGCUUUGGGUGGUUUGGUCCAGUAUAGCUGCGACAAGGGCUACGAGCUGGUGGGUCAGACCAUCCGCCAGUGUGUCUCGGGGCGGCGUUGGAGUGACAGCGCCCCAAGCUGUAGUCCAGUCUCGUGCGGACACCCAGGAGAAGUUGCUGAUGGUUCUGUCCAAGGAGACUCUUUCCUGUAUCCCAAUGUUGUCCACUAUAGUUGCUUGUCGGGAUUUGUCCUGCUGGGUAGCAAAAGCAGCACUUGCCAGGCUGACGGACGCUGGAGCAAUGAGACCCCCCAGUGUGUCCCCGUGUCAUGUGGCCCCCUGUUGGUAUCAGAUAACAUCACGGUGGAAGGGACUGAGUACACUUUUAAUAAACAGCUGACGUUCAGCUGCAAGCCCGGGUUUGUCUUGCAGGGGGCAUCUAACAGUGUUUGUUUAGCUGAUGGUAGCUGGAGCCAUGCAAGUCCCCAAUGUCUUCCGGCGUUUUGUGGGAGACCUCCAGUUGGCCCAAACAGCCAUUUGAUUGGCUCUGACUUUGGGUUCAACGGAAAAGUGAAUUACACUUGCGAUGAGGGCUAUACCCUGAUAGGGAAACCUGUGCUUUUGUGUCAGGGAAAUGGAAUAUGGGAUGCCCCGCCUCCCCAGUGCACUAUUGUGUCAUGUGACCCUCCGGAGGACAUCAGCCAUGGAUUCUUCAAUGGGUCCAGCUUUAAUUUCGGAGAUGUGGUGGAAAUUGUGUGCUUUCCGGGGUACGAGGCUGUGGGUAACCCCUUCCUGCAGUGCUCAGCUAAGGGGACCUGGGUAGGCGCCAUGCCCCGGUGCCAGGCCUGCAUGUGCGACCCUCCUAUCCUUAAGUUUGGGGCAGUGCUGGGCCAGGAGCACAACUGCGGGGACCAGGUCAGGUUCAUCUGUGAUGCCGGCUACAGGCUGCUGGGCCCCGCCAAUGCCACCUGUGAGACGGGUAGGGUUUGGAGCCCAGGGGUACCAGUCUGCACAAGAGGGAGAUGUUCUGCCCCACCGCCCACAGUGCUCAACGCUGUUCUGCAAGGGAGCAGCGCCACCUACCCGGAUAUGGUAACCUACAGGUGCAUGCCUGGGUACCAGAUGGCCCACUAUACCCCUGUCACUUGCACUGGGACUGGAGGGUGGAGCAAGCCUACCUUUUCUUGUUUACCUGUGUCAUGUGGGCCACCACUUACCAUCCCAAAUGCAGAGGUCAUCGGAGACAAGUUCACCUUUGGGAGCCAAGUGCAGUACAGGUGCCAGGAAGGCUACCACCUCAUCAGCCUGGGGGACACCCUGAGCUGCCUGAGUGACGGCACCUGGUCCCCGAGCAGCGUGCGCUGCACGCCAGCCCCCUGCGCCCUGCCUCCUAACCUGACGCACGUUCUCGUCUUGGGCGAGGACCUCACUCCAGUCGGGAGCAUGAUCACCCUGUCCUGUGAGGAAGGCUUUCAGCUCGAGGGCCCCGAGACGUCUGAAUGUCAGCACGGCGGCCGAUGGUCUCCGGAAUUCUCUGCGAAGUCGUGUGAGCCAAUCAGCUGUGGAGAACCGCCCCACCCUCAAAAUGGCCACGUUAUCGGUGAUAGCUUCAGCUACAGGGACACUGUCAACUACAAGUGUCUGCCUGGCUUCAGAAUACAGGGGGAGGCUUUUCAGACAUGCCAGAGCGACGGGUCGUGGAGCGGCGUGCGUCCCGUGUGUGAGGCUGUUUCCUGUGGAGCCCCUCCAGUGGUGGAGGGCGCAGUUGCCGUGGCUUCUGGUGAAACAUACCAGAGCAAUGUGAGUUAUGUGUGCAACUCAGGGCUGCGUCUGGUUGGCCCGCAGAACCUCACCUGCCUGUCCAACAGAACAUGGAGCCUACCAACACCAAAGUGUGAAGCCGCUGUGGGCUGUGAGGACCCCACAGAACUGCAUCAUGGGAGGCUGCUGGUGCACAACUUCACCACUGGGCGCAGCAUUGAGUUCCAGUGUGACAAGGGCUACACCAUCCAGGGGGAGCCCCUGCUCCUCUGCCUGGCCAAUGGCUCGUGGGAUUCCCCGUUCCCCACGUGCACACCAAAGCCCUGCCCCUCACCCCCCGGGCUGCUCGACCUGAGCGCUAACGCUUCCGGAAGGGUCUUCUUUGUGGGGGAGACGGUGCCGGUCAGCUGUCCGAAGGGGCACCAGAGCCAGGGUGCUGUCACCAUCACCUGUAGGAGUGACCAGACGUGGGCCCCCACUGGGGCUCUGUGUGAGAGGGUCUCCUGUGGCCCCCCCCGCCACGUGAGCAAUGGCAUGGUGCGGGGGGCUGUCUUCCAGUAUGGGGACAUGGCCCUGUACUCCUGCUUCAGGGGGUACGCCAUGGAGGGCACCAGCAGGAGCAGGUGCCUGGAGAAUGGGACCUGGACCCCUGCUCCAUUGUGCAGAGCCAUCUGCUGGCUCCAAUGCCAGAAUGGAGGCCUGUGCCAGAGGCCCAAUAUUUGCUCCUGCCCCGAGGGCUGGAUGGGCCGGCUGUGUGAGGAGCCCAUCUGCAUCCUGCCCUGCCUCAAUGGGGGGCGUUGCGUGGCCCCUUACCAGUGCGAGUGCCCUGCGGGCUGGAGCGGCACACGUUGCCACAGCGCCGUGUGUUCGUCGCCAUGUCUGAAUGGCGGGAGAUGCAUCAGGCCUAAUCGGUGUCACUGCACUUCGGGGUGGAGUGGGCAUGACUGCUCCAGGAAAAGAAAAUCAGGAUUUAAUUUUUAAGAUGGAGUCACUACUCAGCAUAACAUUGUAUUCCCGCCGAGGUACAUGUGGAUCAUAAUUUCAUAAUGUAAACCAUCAGUUUCCUUUUUUAAAAUACUUUUUUUGUAAAAUAAAAGCUGUAUUUUUUCAUAUAGAAACCAACAGUAUUAAUUGUAUGCUGCUAUAUGCUUUUACUAUGUGUAAAAACAGAUGUGAUUGUGCAAUGUAUAUGUGUAAACAAUUCUCAUGUUUUUAUUAAACCAUGAAAAAUUUAUCUGGCAGUACGUUCAGGUCGUUAAUUAGUACAAAUCUUACAAUGAAGUGUUGGUAAUGCUUUACUUGGUUUUAUUAAAUUAUAAACACAUUCAUAAUGCAUUAUAAUGCAUUCAUAAAGCAUUGUAAACAUGGCUAUAUAUGUAAAAACGCAUAACACAUUAUAGCCAUGUUUAUUAUGCAUUGUGACUGCUUUAUGAAGCUCUCGCCUAUAAUGCACUAUAGAUGCCUUCAUAAUGCAGUACAAAGCACCCUUAAUGCUUAUAUGAACCAUUAUAAUGCAUUAUUUAUAAUGCCAUGUUGAGAAAGCUUUAUGAAUGCAUUAUGUGUUUGUAAAUUACUAAAAACAUGGCCUUAAGUGCUACCGAAGUGUUUAUAUAAAAUUCUUCAUUACUUUGGACUUUCCUUUCGUAAUUAUCGUGUACUAGAUGUAUAAGUAUUAUUUUGACUCAUCUUCAUAAUGGGUGAUUUAUUAAAAAAUGGGAUAUACCCAAUUACACACGGA